CUCCCCCUCCUUCAUCCCUUCCACCACCAAAUCCCCAACCAAUUCCUUUCUCUUCCUCUCACCUUCUGUGGGACCCACUAAUCACGAUGAUCAUCAACGUCAAGGCCUCCACCAUGGUGCGGCCGGCACAGGAGACGCCUCGCCGGGCGUUAUGGAACUCCAACGUCGACCUGGUGGUGCCUAACUUCCAUACGCCCAGCGUCUACUUUUACCGGCCCACCGGUGCUGCUAACUUCUUUGACGCUGAGGUUAUGAAGCAAGCUCUUGCCAAGGCUCUCGUUCCGUUCUACCCGAUGGCCGGCCGCCUCCGCCGUGAUGAGGAUGGUCGUGUUGAGAUUGAUUGUAACGGCGAGGGUGUGCUCCUCGUUGAGGCUGAGACCACCGCCGUGAUUGACGAUUUCGGUGACUUCGCUCCCACGCUUGAGCUCCGGCAGCUUAUUCCCGCCGUCGAUUAUUCUGGCGGCAUCGAAACAUAUCCAUUGCUGGUGUUGCAGGUAACGUACUUUAAAUGCGGGGGUGUGUCCCUUGGAGUGGGGAUGCAGCACCACGCAGCAGAUGGGUUCUCUGGGCUCCACUUUAUCAAUACAUGGUCAGACAUGGCUCGCGGCUUAGACCUUACCCUCCCACCCUUCAUUGAUCGCACUUUACUCCGAGCCCGUGACCCGCCUCAGCCUGUAUUUGAGCACAUCGAAUACAAGCCCCCUCCUACCAUGAAGUCCCCACCUCAACCCUCAAAACCCGGUUCAGACAACAAUGCAGCAGCGGUCUCCAUCUUCAAGAUGACUCGUGACCAAGUCGCUGCCCUCAAAGCUAAGUCCAAAGAAGAUGGUAACACUGUCAACUAUAGCUCCUAUGAGAUGCUUGCUGGUCAUGUCUGGAGAAGCACGUGCAAGGCACGUGGACUCCCUGAUGAUCAAGAGACCAAAUUGUAUAUUGCAACUGAUGGACGGUCUAGAUUGCAGCCACCCCUUCCACCAGGUUACUUUGGGAAUGUGAUCUUUACAGCCACGCCUAUGGCUAUAGCUGGUGAUCUCAUGUCAAAACCAACUUGGUUUGCUGCUAGCAGGAUUCAUAAUGCGCUCUCAAGAAUGGAUAAUGAUUAUUUGAGAUCAGCUUUGGACUAUUUAGAGCUUCAACCUGAUCUCAAAGCUCUUGUUCGUGGAGCUCAUACUUUUAGAUGUCCAAAUCUUGGAAUCACGAGUUGGGUUAGGCUUCCAAUACAUGAUGCUGAUUUUGGAUGGGGAAGACCUAUAUUUAUGGGACCCGGUGGGAUAGCUUAUGAGGGGUUAUCUUUUAUACUUCCAAGCUCAAACAACGAUGGAGGCUUAUCAGUGGCAAUAGCUCUACAGCCUCAACAUAUGAAGGUGUUCAAGGAAGUCUUGUAUGAGAUUUGAGUGAGGAAUUGAAUCAUCAAGAACGCCAAAUGUUCUCAGGUGGUGUUUUUCUUUCUUUUAGUUAAACUAUGUCUACAUAUGUCAUUAUUGAGACUUCAUUUUAACAGAGACAAUUAUAUGCCUCUGCAAAGGAUAGUAGUUCUGUACACUUUUAAAACGAACUUCACAAACAAAAGCAUUACUAAUUUUGGAUCACAUUUGAGUAAGAUUUGUUGAACAAAUGCCAAUUUGUCAGCCUAAGCUAUGUAUCUUAUAUAUGACCUUUAUCUGCGGCGAUGGCUUUGGAGCCUGAACAUGAUUGUGUUUCAGGAAUUGUAGUAUAGCGUUUGAGGAAUUGAUAAUGACUUCUGACUUC